UUGCUUGGGCAAGCGGUGAGUACACACACGGCGGGGAGGCUGGGCUGGGGACAAGGGCUGGGGCAGAAACGCUGCAACCGGGGCUGGCUUCUCCCCCUGCAGGCAGGGACAGCCCCUCAUGGGAGAGCCUUGGGCAGGCCACAGGGCUGCUGCUGCUGCUGCUGCAGCUCCAGGGGCACUGGGAUAGCCCUUGCUGCCUGCCAGCUGUCUGGGGCCCUGUCCUUCCUGCGCCCAGAACCCUGAGCAUCCUGUCCUCCCUGCAGCAAGCAGUAGUUCCCGCCCUCCCUUCCCCACUCAAGGCCUUCUCUCCCUCCUCCUGCAGACCAUGGAUCCAGUCGUGUUCCUGUUCGCGCUCUUGCAAGGUCUCAUCCAGUACCCGCCGCCCGUGGGUGAUGGUUUGGAUGAGGAAGCACAUUGGCGCAUGGAAGCGCGUGCAAAGUACUUGGAAUGGGAGAGGCUUCGGCUGGAGCAGCAGGUGGAGCAGCUCUCCCAGAAGAAGAUGCCACACUUGCAGCUCUUAGCUGUUGCUGUGCUCCUGGCCCUGGUCUUGGUGCUGUGGAUUAUUGGGUGGAAAAGCAGCCUGAGGAGAGAGGAGAAUGAAGAAGAAAACCAUGGUGCAAAUGAAGAGGAAGUUGGCAAUGUUGCUGGAAAUGAAGAUGACAAUGAUGGAAAUGAUGUUGUCAAUGGGGCUGCACUUGCAGAAAACAACAAUGACAAUGAUGUUGCAAAUGUAGUCCAAGAAGAAGAAGACAAUGUUGACGAUCGUGUUGGACAAGAUAUAAUGGAGCGCAUAGAGGGGCCUGUAGAGGACCUGCAGAGAGUCUGUGAGUGGAUAACUGACCUGAUGGACGAUUAUACAAUUUACUUUGGGCAUGUCUUGUUUGACAGUUUCUACCCAGUCCUGCACCGACCCAUCGGGGUGGGCAGUGCCUUUGAAGGUUGGAGUCCCUGGGAGCAGGAUGUCGUGUACCGUGUGCUCAUACCCAUGACUCCUCCCCGAGGCCACAGCUUCCACCUGGAGCUGGACGGUGAGGGGCAGAGGCACGUGAGGAACUUCCGUGUCCGCGUGCAGCUGGAGUGCACCUGCACGAGGCAGCAGCAGGGUGAGAACAUGCUGUGCUUCCUGCACAACCCCGAGGAGGAGCUGAGGAGCAAUCAGGAUCCCAGCCUCCUAGACACCCUGUGCACCGACUCCUACCUGGACGUGCAGAAAACUGCCCGCUGGUUCCAGCAACUGGUGAAAGCAAUCAUGCCACCUUUGCCUCAGUUACAAAACCGGAAUUUAAUCCCGCUGCCCUCCACACACUCCUGCCAAUUCAAGGCGAUCAGUGGCGGAGAAAGCUUCAGGAUUGAGAUCCUGUUCGGGGUGCGGAGAGGUGGCUCUGACAUAUUCGUGAGCAGCCAGCCUAGGGAAACACGCACCCCAAGCACUCUAUGGCCUGAGACUUAUGCUGUGGCAGAGGUGAAGUUCUUCAUGCACAUUGCCAGGAAGGCCCCCCCCGACAGUUUGCACCUGAGAUGUCUGCAGCUUUUCUGCCGCCUUCUGCUGGGCACAGGCUUUUCCAACUACACCCUGAAGACCAUCGUCAUGCAUCUCCUGAACGGUCUCCCCGUGUCACAAUGGCGCAGGAAGUAUUUCUUGCAGCGCAUGCGAGAUAUCAGUGUGAACCUGCGCUGCUCUCUGGAGGAGAAAUGCCUUAACCACUUUAUCAUAGGCAACAAGAGAUUGCCUCAGGAGAUUAGCUUGCCCCUGGACAUUGCAGCAGCUGAGCCACCCAAUCUCUUCCAUCAGCUGGCACGGUGUCCAGCUGCCCACUCUCAGGCGAUGAGCGAGUACCAGGAUAUUCGGCGUCAGCUCGCAAGUGUGCUGCUCAUUGGCUCAUGAAAGAGGUGAUCAUGCGUACAGCUGUGCUUGUGGGCUUCACAGGCAGUAGCAGAAAACUACCUCACGUCCCCGAGGAAAAGAGAGGGGAAGGAACGUGGGAUACAGAAAGAGAAGAUAUAAAGCUUCUGCGCAGCAGCACUCUGCCAUCAGCAGCAGCAACAGUGUUGUUAUGAACAAAAAAAGCAAAUUUAAACUUUUGGGCAAUGUUGUUAACAAUGUCUGUAUAAAAAGGGUUGUUGUUGAUACAAGUAACAAGUUAUAAUUGGAUAUGUAGUUAACAGGCUGUGGUGCAGGCUUGGAUGUUGCGGCUACAAAGUAAGGUGAUUAGUUGUAUUACGCUGUGGCAGAGGCUGAGUUCUUCAAGUACAUUGCCAGGCAGGCCCCCCCUGACAGCUCGCACCUCAAAUGCCUUCAGUUCUUCUCCCAUCUUGUUCUGGGCUUCAGCUUCUCCACCUACACCAUGAAGACCAUUGUCAUGCACCUGCUCAUUGCCAUGCCCGUGUCAUCGUGGAGCAGGGGACAUCUCCGGGAGCGACUGACGGAUAUCAGGGACAGCCUGCAUAUAUGUUUGUGACAAAAAUGCCUCCAGCACUUCAUUGUGGGUAACCGGAGGUUUCCUCAGGACAUCAAUUUACCCCCAGAUGUAAGAAUGGGUAGGACAUACAGUCUCUUCCAUCACCUGGCGCAGCAGCCGGCUGCCCACACCCAGGCAAUGCGGGAUUACCGGGUGCUGCACAAGACGUUCAAAAGGAUCGCUCUCGGAGAGGAUGACUGAAGGAAGGGCAGGAGCCAUGGCCAAGUGCACAGAGCAGUGCUUGUGCUGCUCGCAGCUGGCAGCAGACAACCACCUCCUAGCACAAAUUUGGUGCUAAGGAGAAGAGGAUGCGUGCAAAGGCUCUGGAGAAGGUCCAACAGCCUCUGCUGGCACCUCAGAAAGUGGACUGCCACGGGAGGGUUUAUUCUACUUCUUUGUAUCAUUUCACUUUCCAAAAAAGGCACCCAGCUGUCAUUGAGCCCUGCUCUACAUGCUGAGCUAAAGUCUCCAAACCCCACCUGCAAUAUGCAGUUCUUCCCAGCCUUUGAGGAGAGCUAAAAUUUCAAGCAUGAAAAAAGUGGGAAUCUGGGACAGAAAAAGAAAAAUAGAAAUGGGGCAAAAAAGAAUAUGAGGAAAAACUGGCACUGGUGACCCGGGAUGAGUCAAUGGAUGGAGCCUCUCCAUGUCCCUGGAAGAGACACCUUUAUGUCAACAUUAGACCACGUGUGUUGGAGCUGACAUGAAAUUUUAUCUAUAGCAGAAUCAAGGUUUUUGUUUCAUAGAUAGAUCUAUUGUGUAUGCCUGUUAUAUACUAUAAAGUUUAUGAAUUAUCAUAUCUACUAGUAAAAUACGAUAAAUCAAAACAAUAUAGUAACAUAAAUAAUAUCAAAAUAUGAAAUAUGGAGUUACAUCAGGAUAAAAAGUGAUUUUAAAGAGUUGCAUAUGUAAUUUCGUUUAAAUAGUAACAGUAGAAGACAUAUUUAUUGUCAGUGUCUGUUGUGACACAUAUUGUUGCUCAUAGUCCCUUUAUGUCUGGAAGGUUUUUCAUAAAAUAGAUAUAUUUAUUACAUAUAUAGCAUACAUAUGAUAUAUACUUGCUGUAUACAUUAAAUAUGAAUAUAACUCUGUAAUAUAUAUUCUAUAUCAUAUGCCUAUAAUAGAUUACAUGCGUGAUAUAAAUUUUAUACAGAUGUAAAGCCAUAUCCAGUCUUGCUAUCUGUUGCAACCCAUAUUCCCGCUCUAGAGUUAAUGCAUUUAUAAGUAGCAAACUGGAAAACGCUUUGCUCUGGUGUCAAUAAAAGGCAAUUUGUGCAGAA